AUGCCAGCCAGCCGUCGCACCACCAGACGAAAAAAGUCAGCGUCACCUGAAACCGAUUCAUCAGCAGGCUAUGCUCCUCCCACCAAUACGGCUGGACCACGACGCAAAACGAACCACAACAUCGACACUUUCAGCCAAGCCACUGAUCCCCCAAGGACCAAGAAGCGCAGACGCACAGACGACGAACACCCACUUGAAACCACCCACACCGAAGACGACAAACACCCUACGACUUCUAGCACCUCUCCAAACAUGAGUAACUAUUGCCAACUGGGAAACGAAUGGGGUAUGCCGCGUGCGGAGCGAAAUCUAGCUCAACUUGACUUACCAAAGAACAACCGCAUAUCAGCCAUUGGCCUCUACGAGGCACAGGCACUCCAAGUGUCCUAUGAGCUAGACAAGACAAUGCUCUGCAUUGUCUUGAAGUGCAGUAGAAAAGUCCUCGAUGACGCAUUACUCAAAGGACCACUCUCGCGCGAACCCAACAUGUACACAAAUUAUCAAACGUAUAGCAACGUUGCUACCAAAACACCAAUAAAAAUCUUAAACAUAUCAAUGAAACAGGUCGCUUACGUUGAUCGCACAGUGCCACCCAAGGGCGUAUCUCAGGGCUUUCCGGAACGUAAUACCAUAGUUGGCAACACUUGGUCCAACUACGACAAGGACGAACACAAAGUUUUCACCCCUCGCUUAUUCGAGCGCCUAUGUAUCGGGACCAGCAAAGCGUAUGCACUCACCUCAACACCUCUAGGGAUUCCUGCCUCCACCAAAACAACAACCGCUGGCCUUGAACCAACACCUCUAGGAAUUCCUCCCUCCGCCAAAACAACAACCGCUGGCCUUGAACCACUGACGCAGGAGGAAUGCGAAAAAUACAUUCCUAUCUUUGAGCGCUUGGUCAAUCUAACUAAGGUAUCACAUGACUUACAUGACGGCCGACUCUGGAGGCAUAGUGGCAAAAGCAAGAACCACACCUCCGAGCAACUUCUAAAUCAAGAAAUCAGCAAAGCAGUUCGCCAGUUUCAUCUCUUGAACAGUCACUUCAAUCUACAAUACCACCUCCUUGUGGCCCGUUGGAACCCGGCAUCCACUGGCUCCAAUGCGCUAUUUCAGGACGAGUUCACCACAUGUGAAAGGUGGGCCCGGUCAGAACAAAAAACUCACCUUCUUGAACGAUUCACCUUUGAAUCAACCAAGGCGCCACAACAUCUCCGAACAACACGAAAAGAGCCUAAGCCAAUGUCGGAAGCCGCUGCUCGCCAAGCCAAUCGUAGGGCUGAACUCGCGAAAGCUUUGAACGAGUUGAUGGGACCACAUUUGCGCGGGGGCUAUCAGGGCAAGGGAGACGCCCACCCCAAGGUUGCGGACCUGAAGAAAGUAUUUGAGACCAAGGAGUUUCGUGGCGGCGUGAAACUAACAUUCAACCGCACUCCGGAGAGCAGCAUUACCGAUAUGAUGCUUUGGAAGGGCCCCAGCGCCCUUUCUAAUGAUGAGGUGGAUAUCUGGAUACAAGACAUCAAGAUGAAGUAUUAUACCAUCAACCGGGCCGAGCCCGAGUCAAGUCGUGACUCUGAAAAGAAACUUGGUGAAGCGCAGGAUAAGUCUGACAAUGACCGACCCAUCGGAACCAUUCCCAACUUAGAUGAAGCUGCUCACAAUCUGGAUGAUUGUUCAACGCCAAUAAUUGGUACCAUUCCCAAGUUAGAUGAAGCUGCUCAGAACCUGGAUGAUAGAUCACCGCCAAUAUUAUAG